AUGUCUGAGGUCAAACGUCGAGGAGCGUUCAUCGUGGUAGAAGGCCUAGAUAGAUCAGGGAAGAGCACCCAAUGCGCCGCUUUACAUGAACGGCUGGUAGAAUCUGGAGUGGUCGCACAAUUAAUCAAGUUUCCUGACAGGACGACAGUAAUCGGUCAGAUGAUCGAUUCAUACUUGAAGUCACAAUCCGACAUGGAUGAUCACCUCAUCCAUCUUCUGUUCUCGGCGAACCGAUGGGAGCUCGCUUCGUCCAUCGAGCGACAGCUCAGAGAAGGGACCUCCAUUGUGUGCGAUCGGUACGCGUUCUCGGGUAUAGCAUUUUCGGCAUCGAAGGGUCUGUCUUACGCGUGGUGUCGGUCCCCCGACAUCGACUUACCCGCUCCAGACGUGACGAUAUUUUUGGAUAUUAGCCCAGAGAAAGCCAAGGAACGCGGUGGGUACGGGGAAGAAAGGUAUGAGAAGGAAGAGAUGCAGAAGAAGGUCAGGCAGGUCUUCCGUAGAAUCGAAGUAGAGAUGCAAAGCCAAAGGCUUCAGAGUGGCAACCAGUGGGUCACGAUAGAUGCUGGGAGAGACAGAGAGAGCGUGUCGGCGGAUGUGUGGAGGCACGCACAGCCGCUCAUCACUGGGGUAGAACACCCCAUACGGAGACUGUGGACUGACAUCCUUCAGGAAGAGGCGUAUUAG